GACGUUCUUCGUGGAGUCAACAUCGGUGGCUGGCUAAUCCUUGAGUCAUGGAUGAACGGCGAUGUCUUUGACAAUACUGACGCCAAGGACCAAUACUCUUUCGACAGCUGUGAUGGCGCGCAAGCCAAGCUGGAGCAACACUGGUCAAGUUACUUCACCGAGUCUGACGUCGUGGGACUAGCAGCCGCCGGGAUCAACGCUGUGCGUAUCCCUAUCGGUUUCUGGUCCUACGUCGAGACUGCUCCAUACCUCAUGGGUGCUGACGCUUACCUCGAGAAGGCCAUUGGCUGGUGCCGCAACCACGGUAUCAAGGUUCUCGUCGACUGCCACGGCUCGCCUGGCUCGCAGAACGGUUUCGACAACUCUGGUCGCUCGGGCAAUGUAGCAUGGCAGCAAGACGACAACAUGGCACAGAGCAUCAGCAUUCUCGAGACCAUUGCCAAGAAGUACGGUGCUCAAGAAUACGCUGAUGUCGUCUUUGGUAUCCAGCUCGUCAACGAACCCAUCUCGUGGGACCAGAACAACAUCGACACCACCAAGGAGUGGGCUCAGAAGGCUUACACCGCUGUCAAGUCCGCCUCGACCAACCAGAACCUCGCUGUCAUCAUGCACGACAGUUUCGUAGGACCUUCUGACUGGGAAGAGGUUGGCUCUGCCGUCAACGGCGAUGCCUCCCUUGCCGAUGCCAAGUUCUGGAUCGAUACCCAUCUCUACCAGAACAUGGUUGCCGACGACUCCAAGCUGACUCAGGCUGGACACAUUGAGAAGGCUUGCAACUGGCAAUCAACCGAACUGUUGCCCUCAUCUUCCAACUUGCCUGUCAUUGUCGGCGAGUUCAGCGCUGCCACCAACAUCUGCGCCAACCCCGACGGCUCAACAGUUGCCGGCAACGUCUGCUGGAUCGAGGGCUGCCAAUGCUCUGCCAACGUCCCCAUCGAGUACUGGAAUCAACCUCUGAUCCAAGCCACACGCAAGUUCCUCGAAGCCGAGCUCGAUACCUUCGAGGCACACGCUCGUGGUUACUUUAUGUGGAACUUCAAGGGUCCCGGCGCUUGGGGCUACCAAAAUGCUAUCAAGUAUGGCUUGAUUGGAGACAAGAUCACAGACAGAAAGUACCCUGGUCAGUGCAGCUCAUGA